ACUCAUGUGUCUUGUCCUUAUCUCAUUUCUUAUGCUAAUUUGAUCAGUCUUUGAGAGAAUUUUAAUGGGGUUUCUUUGUUUUCUUGUUAGUUGUAAGGAGGUUGAUUUAGGGUUUCAUUGAAACUUUUGGGGUCAAUCAGAUGGGGUUCUACUGCUCAAAUUUGGUGUUGUUCUUAUUGUUUAUUUCAUGGGGUUUCUUUGUCUCAAACACCAAUCAAUUACAAGCAACUCAGACUCAACUUCUUAUCCAACUCAGGAAGCAUUUGGAGUAUCCAUUGCAGUUAAGCAAUUGGGAGAACUUCAAUGGUGAUUUUUGUAAUUUGGAUUCAGACCCACAAGUUACCAUCAAAUGUGAAGGUAAUUCAGUCACUGAGAUCAAAAUCAUGGGAGAUAAGCUUUCAAAGGUCAGUGAUUUCCAUGGGUAUGCAGUUAAAAACCAAACUUUAUCUGAAACUUUCUCCGUUGAUUCAUUAGUAGUAACAUUAGCAAGAUUGAAUACCUUAAGGGUUCUUAGCUUAGUGUCUUUAGGAAUUUGGGGUCCACUUCCUGAUAAGAUUCAUAGAUUAUCCUCUCUUGAACUCUUGGAUAUGAGCUCAAAUUUCAUGUUUGGUUCCAUCCCAAAUGAGAUUUCUAGACUUGUAAAGCUUCAUACUUUAACAUUAGAUGGGAAUUUCUUCAAUGAAUCCAUCCCAAAUUGGCUAGAUUCAUUGUCAAACCUCACCAUUUUGAGCUUGAAGAACAAUAGAUUAAAGGGCCAAUUCCCUUCUUCAAUUUGCAAAACUACAACACUCACUGAUAUUGCUCUAUCUCACAAUAACCUCACCGGAGAAUUGCCGGAUUUGAGUGCAUUAUCUGUUUUACAUCUAUUAGAUUUGAGGGAAAAUGGUUUCGAUUCUGAGCUUCCAUUGUUGCCCAGAGGAGUUACUACAGUUCUUUUGAGCAAGAACUCAUUGAAGGGCCAAAUUCCUGAAGAAUUUGGUGAACUUGAUCGGCUGCAACACCUUGAUCUUUCGUUUAAUUCCUUAACGGGUUCACCGCCAUCUGCUCUCUUCUCGUUGCCAAACAUAAGCUAUCUGAAUCUUGCAUCCAAUAUGUUAAAUGGCCCUCUUCAUGAUAUCAGCAAAUGUGGAGAUAAUCUUGGCUUUGUUGAUAUUUCAAGCAAUAGGUUAACGGGUAGGCUUCCUUCUUGUUUAGAUACAAAUUCUAGCAACAAACGAGUUGUGAAGUUUAAUGGGAAUUGCUUGUUUGGGGAUAACCAACAGCAAAAUUUAGAUUCUAUUUGCAAAGAAGCUAGUUUGAAGAAAAAUCGAUCUUGGGGUAGUGCGGUAUGGAUUAUAAUCGGUGUCAUUGGUUUAGUGGUCAUUCUUUUGGUCAUAAUUGCCUUUGUUCGCCUAUUCUUUCGUAAAAGGCAUCAUCAAAGAGAGAUCAUCACGCUACAACACACGGUGCCAAAGGUCAUCCAGGACAGUUUACCCUCCGGGAUUUCUUCAGAAGUUCUUGCAAAUGCCCGGGUCAUAUCUGAAGCAUCAAAGUUAGGGACACAAGUUGCGCCAUCGAGUCGUGUGUUUUCGAUAGAAGAGUUAGCCGGAGCGACUGAUAACUUCUCCGCAACGAUGUUUCUGGGCGAAGGCUCAAUUGGAAAGCUUUACAGGGGAAGAUUAGAAAACGGAAGCUAUAUCGUCAUCCGAUCUCUCUCAUUGUUCAAAAAAUAUUCGAUCCGAAACCUGAAAGUUCGGUUGGAUCUGCUGUCAAAGCUUCGGCAUCCGCACCUAGUCGGGUUUUUGGGUUACUGCAUUAAUGAAGAGGGUUUAGAAGAUUACACUUCAAGCAGAGUCUUCCUAGUGCAUGAGUACAUAUCUAACGGAAAUUUUCGAACUCAUCUCUCGGAGUGUUCUCCAAAUCUGGUUCUUAAAUGGUCAGAUCGAUUGGCAAUUCUGAUCGGAAUUGCCAAGGCGGUACAUUUUCUGCAUACUGGCGUGAUUCCUGCAUCUUCAAGCAAUCGAUUACGAACAAAUAACAUAUUGCUGGACGAGCAUCGUAUUGCAAAGCUAAGUGACUACGGAAUGUCCAUCAUCACCGAAGAAUUAGAACAAUUUGAGGCAAAGGGAGACGGUCCAAAAUCAUGGCAAAUGAAGAAGUUGGCUGAUGACGUAUACGAUUUUGGGUUCAUUUUGCUCGAAACACUUGUGGGACCGAUUGUAACAGGAAAAGGCGAAUCGUUUCUGCUGAACGAAAUGAAAUCUUUCGGAAGCCAAGAUGGUAGGCAAAGAAUCGUGGAUCCGAUAGUCUUGACAACUUGCUCACAAGAAUCGUUAUCGAUUGUGAUAUCGAUCACCAACAAAUGCAUAUCUCCAGAACCAGCAAAUCGGCCUUCGUUUGAAGACAUGCUAUGGAACUUGCAGUAUGCAGCUCAAGUACAGGCCACGGCUGAUUCCGAACAGAAAUCAGAUGGCGCGUUUUAAUGCAACGAACGAGGACUUAGCAGCAGCAGAAGAUAGAACUCGAAAACUUAGAAACCCAUAUUUUAGGACAUGAUUAAUGUUUAAAGAGCUUUGGACGAUUGAUCACUGUGUUUUCUUUGCAUUUCUUGUAACAAAUCUGUAAAGUCCAAUUCUUUUCUAUGAAUUCUUUGGUAUGU